UGCCACACUCCAGUCCGGGUUUUGAAAUUCUCUGCGGGCAAAGAAGCUUAUCUACUCUUCCUUUGUGUUUGAACCUUUUUCAGUCAGCUCUGUGGGACCCGGGAACACAGGAGAGAAACGUUUCUGUCUGCCACUUUCGUAGUUCACUCAUGUCUGUGGGACAAGAACCCAACUUCUCCAGUGAUGAGGUGUUUAUCAGCCGGUUUCCCAUCCACCGCGCUUGUCGGGAUGGAGAUGUUGGAGCUUUGGUCUCACUGUUACAGCAGCUCCCAAAUCAGGCUCAUUUGACUUCCGAGGACUCUUGCUACGGAUGGACCCCAAUGCACUGGGCUGCUCACUAUGGACAGCUGGAGUGUUUGGUACAUCUGGUGCAGAUGGGUUGUGAGGUGAACAUGGUGACCAGCCGCUUCAACCAGACACCAACACACACUGCAGCAUUUGGAGGACAUUCUCACUGUGUGGUGUGGCUGACUCAGGCUGGAGCUGACGUCAACAGGCAGGAUUUUGUAGGUGAGGCUCCCAUCCACAAGGCAGCUCUAGCAGGUAGCUUGGAGUGUAUCCAGGUCCUGUUGAUAGCAGGUGCUAAACCACAUUUAAGGAAUGCCAGUGGGCAAACAGCAGCAGACCUGGCCCACACUCACGGCUUCCACGACUGUUUCCGCUUCAUCACCAAAACCCAGAAGCACCUGCUGCAGCUCAGUGGACUCCACGUGAGCGGAGUGCAGAAUGGAAACAGUGUCCCGUGUGGUCAGGGCCUGCUCAGCAGAAAGAGGCUGCUGACUGAUGUGGACACUGGUCACAUGAAGAAAGCCAAGACAGCUGAUACUGUUUUGGUGCAGAUGCAGAGCAGUGGAGGUGAGGAGCUGGAGAGCAUGAACAUGGAAUCUGCACAGGAGCUCAACUCAGCAGAUGACUACACGAAAGCCAUCACCAAUGGCCUUCAUCACACACUGCCUUAUGCUGACCAGGAUGGUCCUGAGCCACCUAAAAACCUCUCCUCAUCCUCCCCUCCAGCCAAUCAGCAGGCAGCAGCGCCUGCUCAGCACUCUUUUGCUGACAUGUGUGGUUCACUGCAUCUGACCAGCAGUCCCAGCAGCUGUGUGUCCCACCGGCCGGCCUGGUGGGGGCUGAUGGGAGCAGACUGCGGGGACUUCCUGCAUUACGGACACUACCAUGGCUUUGGAGACACAGCAGAGGAGCUGAGUGACAGCAGCCACCUCGACUACAGCAGCAGCACCCAGGCUGAGCACAGAUACAAGCAGGCUGUGGCCAGCACCAUCCACCUCUACCACGGCUCAUAAAGACAGAGGGUUAGCCUUCACAGCCAGCCUCCUGGAGACAAGGAAGGAUUACUCUUUGAUAUGCUUUCUCUUAACUUGCUUUAAAGAACACUGACAUUUUGGGAAAUAAUCAUUUGAUGCCAAAACAUCAGCAGAUGAAGCUGGACACAGAUCAGGGAGGUCAUUCACACUCCCAUAUUGGAUCGCCUAGCCUAGCUUCACCAAAAGAGAAAGAAAUCUGUCCCCAAACAACUCAAACUAAUUAAAAUAUUGUAUGUUAAUAUAGUCAACAAAUAUUUUAGAAAUAAAAAUGUAAAAAGAUAAUUGUGGUUCAAGAUCAAUUAGCAGAUAGAGAGAGAUAUUUUUUCUCCAACAACUGGUGGGUGCAGUGACUGCACACAGUAGGCUGUGUCCCAGUUCCACACCACAUACUAUACUAAUUGUCAUAAUUUAUACUAAUUUGCACUUAGUAUGCAACUCAGCAGCUUCUCCAUUUUUCUUUGUGCAUUGUAGGACAACAGUGUGCAUCACACUCAAAAUCUAGUGUUUUUUAGUCUUUUUGAGUAUACUUAAUUUAGUUCCUUUUUCGAUGUGAACACAUCACACUCAAAAACUGUUCAGCAUUAGUGUUUAAAAUGGAAAUGGGACACAGCUAGUAUCAAAUAAUCCUGUCGUCAUAGUGGGGUUGCCAGGUAUCAAUACUGACUUGGGGGUAGUGGUGACUAGCUUGCAAACAAUAAAUCAAACAGCUGUAGGAAGGUGUCAUUUUUUUGACAGGUCUUCAUAAUGAACAGCUGGAGUAGUGGAUUGUUGAGGACUGCACCUGUGUGACAAUCAUACAGUUUGUAUGAGGCCAGUGUUCUAACUAUUUCUUUCCUGAACUUGCUUUGUCACCCUCUAAUCUCUAUACAUCCUCAGUGACGUCAAGUGUAAAGAAACACACACAUCAUUUCCUUCAAUGUAUUUCUGUAUUUACAACAUUCACCUUUCUGUUAGUCUACUGCUAAUGCUGGUUUGCACUAUUAAGGGCAGUCAGAUUGGAUUAUGUGGUGUUUUGUGUAUGUGGACAGUAGUUGAGGUGUGUGUUGGUAGAGGCUGUCUUCUCUGAUUGUGGCCUGAUCUGCUGUCCUUCAGCAGGGAAGAACAACUGCACUGACACUGAUAAUGCCUUGUUAGCCUUGAUCUACCAAAGGGAAAAUGUUAUUGGUUUGUGUUUUUUGUUGCAUUUGAAAUAAUUUGUUAUUUAUGUUUUAGAGCAGAUGAAUGUCUUUAUUCAGAGCUGUACUGUAAUUUUAUAAAGCAUACUAUAGGCUUUUUGGGAAUCUUUCAGAUUAUUGUAACAUAGACAGUGUGCUGAAGGCAUGCUGCCUCUUUUUAUAAACACUAUUGUCAGCUGUGUGGAAAUGUGCACUGUGUGCCAAAAACUGACUUACACCAACCAACCACUGCUGCUUUUGACAACUGUUUUAUACUUGUUCUGGUUUUGCCUCUUUUCAUAUUAAAACAUGUUUUGCAGUUCCAGAAAAAUUGUACAAAGUGAUGAGUCUUUGAUUCUUUAUGCUGUGAGGGAUUUUUAUCAGUUGUGGUUUCAGUAUCUUUUCAUUCUUUAUGUUAAAUAAAAAGUACUUCUAAAAUUGUCUUGACA